AUGUGUGUCGACUACACAAACCUCAAUCGGGCAUGCCCUAAAGAUAGCUUCCCGCUCCCGCAAAUUGAUCAAUUGAUCGACUCCACCGCUGGGUACCGGUUACUCAGCUUCAUGGAUGCUUUUAACGGGUACAACAAGAUUCGAAUGAACCCGGUAGAUGAGGAGCACACUGGCUUCACUACAGACAAUGGCAAGGUGGUCGCCCUGUCAAGAUUCAUCUCCAGGUUGACAGACAAGUGUACCCCUUUCUUCAAACUGCUAAAAACCCAACACGUCGAGGUGAUAGCCUGGACAGCGGAGCACGAGGCUGCUUUCCUUGGCUUGAAGUCAUAUCUGUCACAUGUACCUCUACUCUACAAACCUGUUCCCGGAGAAAUGCUCUACGUAUACCUGGCAGCAUCGGCAACUGCUGUGAGCUCAGUCCUGAUUAGGAAGGAUUCCGAUUGCGAGUACCCAGUGUACUACGCUGGAAAAGGUUACACUGGUGCAGAGUCCAAGUACCCGGACAUUGAAAGAAUAGCACUGGCCCUCCUAGUAUCAGCCUGGAAGCUCAGACAUUACUUCCAAGCACAUUCUAUUACCGUUUUCACUAAUCACCCAUUGAGGCAGGUUUUACAGAAACCAGAGACAUCGGGCAGGUUAAUUAAGUGGGCCAUCGAGCUUGGGGAAUUCGACAUCAAGUACCUACCCCGGACAGCCAUCAAAGGCCAGGCAGCGGCCGAUUUUAUUUCAGAAUCAAUCCCUUCCCAUGACCCAAACAAGGAACCACCCGAACCGCUAGCCUCAGAUCCACCUCCGCCAAGCACUUGGCGAUUAUACGUGGACGGAUCAUCCAACAAGAAAACUAGCGGAGCCGGCAUCCUACUCAUUAGCCCGGACGAACAAGUCUACGAGUACGCCCUCAAAUUUUCCUUCAAAGCAUCCAAUAAUACAGCAGAAUACGAGGCACUCAUAGCCGGUCUGCAGAUCGCCCGGGAACUUGGGGUCCAACACCUCCAUAUCUUCAGUGAUUCCCAGUUGGUCGUAAACCAGGUCAGCGGUAACUUCGAACCAAAGGAGCCCCACAUGUCCUCCUACCAGGCCUUGGCCCGGGCUUUAGUUCAGAGGUUCACCUCCUACAUUUUUACCCAAAUACCGAGGGCAGAAAACGACAAGGCAGACGCUCUUGCUAAGCUCGCAUCAACUUCUCCAAACCCUACCUAUGGGACCACUAAAGUCGAAGUACUCGCGGGACCUAGCACUUCCAAAACGGUGUCAGAAAUAUUUUCGGUGGAUCACAAACCUUCCUGGAUGGACCCAAUUUUGAAGUACAUGGUUGAUGGCCGAACACCGGAUGAUAAGGUCAAGGCCAGAAGACUGCAGCUAAGGUCAGCUCGAUACACGAUCAUGAAUGGCAAACUCUACAGAAGAGGACAUUGCUUUCCCAACCUGAAGUGUGUGACACCGGAGGAAGGUCACAAAAUAAUGACGGACAAUCACGCUGGUGUAUGUGGUAACCAUGCCGGAGCUCGAUCUCUCGCACACAAGACCCUAAGGGCAGGAUAUUUCUGGCCAACCAUGUCGGCCCUGGCUCAAACUAUAUCCAGUUCUUGCCACAAAUGCCAAAUGUACGCAAAUAUCCCACAAGCACCGCCCAUCGCCCUUUCCAUCCUCCUUGCACCGUGGCCGUUCUGUCAGUGGGGUUUGGACUUGAUUGGUAAACUUCCCACGGUAGUGGGACAGUCCAAAUACGCCAUCGUUGCCUUGGACUACCAAACAAAGUGGGUAGAGGCAGAACCUCUCGUCGCCAUCACCACUGAAAAAGUCAAGAACUUCCUAUGGAAUAACAUCUACUGA